AGACUGUUUUCAAUUCUUUGUAAAUAACGUCACUAAUUUCAAACUAACUGUGUUUAUGGAAUUAAUUAAUAAAAUGGAAAAUUUGGCAUCUGAAUCCGUUUUGACUGAAUCUAUGUCGACAAUGUCUUUACCGCAGAAAAGGUUUUACAGACAAAGAGCUCACUCCAACCCUAUAGCAGAUCACUGUUUCGAUUACCCUCAGACUCCAGAGCUCAUGGACUGGAGUAAGUAUUACCCUGAAAAGUUCAGUCAGAAUCCGGCAAGUCCUCCACAGGUUGAAUUUGCCGAUAUUGGAUGUGGUUAUGGGGGACUGCUCAUUACAUUAUCCCCGAUGUUUCCAGAAACUCUCAUGUUGGGGAUUGAGAUCAGGGUAAAAGUUUCAGAUUACGUAAUGGACAGAAUCGCGGCUUUACGAUCUCAAAAUCCCAGGCAGUAUCAGAAUAUCGCUUGUUUGAGGUCAAACGCCAUGAAAUAUUUGCCAAAUUAUUUCAGAAAGGGACAGUUGAAAAAGAUUUUCUUUCUAUAUCCAGACCCCCAUUUCAAGAAGGCAAAGCAUAAGUGGAGAAUAGUCAGUCAGAAUUUACUGGCUGAGUAUGCAUACGUUCUAGACGAAGGGGGUGUUGUUUACACAGUAACAGAUGUAAAAGAUUUGCAUGAGUGGAUGGUGAAGCAUUUCGAAAAACACCCACUGUUCGUCAGAAUUUCCGAUGAAGAACUGAAAGAGGAUCCUAUAGUUGAGAAACUGUACAGCAGUUCCGAGGAGGGCCAGAAAGUCACUAGAAAUAAUGGAAACAAAUUUUUAGCUGUAUUCAGGAGAAUAAAGGAUCCUUUUUACGACAAAUAAUAAAUUUGUCAUUAUUUUAUAUUUUCCAAGACCAUUUGGAAUACGAAUGAUUGUUAUUUAUAUUUUUAAUGUUAAUAAACAUAACAUGACCAA